AUGCCCGUGCUGCGGAGGUCCCUGCUCGGCGCCGCGGGGUCGUCCACCAGCCCGCUGGACGCCGCCGUGCCCGCGCUCAACAUGGGGUUCAAGCUGAGCUGGAGGCCGGAGGCGGACGGGGAGUGCGGACAGUGCGAGAGAGCCGGCGGCCUGUGCGGCCGCCGUCGUCGGCAGGAGGGGCACGGGCCGUGGACCUUCGCGUGCUUCCGGGCUGCGGCGAACCCAGCGUGGAUUCCUCCGAAAACUCCAGAUAAUGUAAGGUCGAAGAAAGUAUUGAUGGAGUCGACAAAGAUAGAAGAUAACGGUGGGAAAAUGAGAAAAGACACCUAG